GUGAGGUCUAGUGGAAGGUUGAACAUGUGAGAUGUACUAAGUGUGGUACUGUUUUCAGUAAUUUGUAAUGUGUAGAUGUUAAUUGUGGCUGUAAUGGAAAAACGUCGCUUAGUAGGGCAGGACAUGGAGUCAUAUAAAUGUAAACAGAAGCCCAAGUCGCGAUCUAGUGAGCUGUUGGCUGUGGGCAGUAGACCAGGGAUUCAUGAGAAGCUGCUUCUAAAGCCAAAGCACUGCCACCAGAGUGGUACCCUGGAGACAGUCAAAAUUCCAAGGAGUGAUCUCCUUAAUAGGGUACAGAGUUUUCUACCACAGAUAGCACAUGCAAAUGAGGAGCUAAAACGACAACUGGAGACCACCCCUGCUGUGCAGUUUGACAUUGAAAACUUGGGAGAUAACACAGAAAGAUUUGUAGAGAUGGAUGUGUCCCUGGUGGAAUUAAGUGAUUCAGAUGGCAGUAGUUCUGAAGGGUCCAUUUCAGAGGAAGACUUACAUUCAGAUGAAGAAAUUAGUGGGGAAGUGACAGCAGACAACUUUAGAUUACCACCAACUCAUGUAGUAAAGGGAAAAAUCGAACUUUUAGAAAGCACGGUUGAAUGAUAUUGUGACAAAAAUUUAUAUAAUGUGAAGGCAGUAUUGGACUGAGACUGCCAUAAAACAAACCUAUAUUGACUGUGUAUGGAAAAAUAUUUUUUAUAUGAGAGGUUUUGUUAAAAUAUAUGUUGUAGUAAAGUUUUGGAUGUUUGCACAUGUCUAUUUUUACAGCUGUUUAUAACAGAAUAUCAUAUUAAAGAAUCUCUGUUAAUUUUA